CGCUAUAAAAGCAUACUGCGUCGCCCCUCGAACACGUAGUGUUUCCCCGCGUAGCGCACAAGAAAAACUGUCAUCACACACCAUGAAGUUCUUCAUUGUUUUGUUCGCCAUUGUGGCUGCCGUCAGCGCUGGAUACGAGCAAGUAUACCACGCGCAUUACAUCCCCCAGCAGCCCGCCAUUCCGCCCCCACAUCCGGGUCCCCUGCAUAUCAAGGGAAACGACCAUGUGACCAGAAUACAUUAUGACGCUCCUCAUGUCGGCUCUCCACAUCUCGUUGGCGUCGAGCAUUACGUACCCGCCCCGGAACCCGCGAUCAGCGUUGUGAAGGCGCACGGACACGGCUGGUAAAAAGGACCCCGUCUAACGAUGCCCCCUGACUAAAUCCAUUGGUCCAGAGUGGUCCAUACCGAAACGGCAGUCAUUUCGAGUAUUAUCAAUCAUAACGAUGACAGCAGACAACUUCGUCGACGGUACAUCUGGUUUCUCGCAUAAAUAAUUCCAAUUGAAGAUGAGCAAAUACACGGCCAAGGAACAUCUGAUCAAUCGUCAAAAUCAGCAUCUCCGGGACAUUUUUUUGAGAAGAGACGUAAAAUCGUGGACCACUCGCGGAUCGCAGACCAGGCAGCCAAACUCAAGAAUAAAAAAAUACAUUCGUCUUGAUUUUACCUUAAAGCUACAUAUGACACGCCUUACACAAUACACAUGGACACGAACACCUGUCUUUUUCUGUUCCUGCGUCUUCCCCCCAACACCGAAAUUCUCGUGCGGCAAUUGUGAUAUUGAAGAAGACAUCACAACAUCAGAGAGAGCGUUUCCCCUUUUCCCCCAUUUUUCGGACCCAAUCCCAAUUUUUCUUCACUGUCCGCAGCAACACUUUUAUUUAUUUUCUAAUAAAAGUUGAUUUGUGUACGUCUUGUGAUAAACCAGGAA